UUCUCGUUCAUCUUCUUCUUCAUCUCCGACAAAGACCAAACAGCAGUAACAUGAAUCAAUUACGAGGAAUUUUUUCAAUAACAAGAAAACCCACAAUAAACCUCACUACAACAAUCACUAAUCUCCGUCGUUUCUCCUCUAAAUUCACCGAUGUCCGUAGCGGUUCCAAGAACGGUGACAACGAUUGGAACGACGCCUGGGAAUCCGCUUGGCUCCCUGACGAUCUCUCCGGCAAGAACAGAGCUCCAUGGGAGGCAGACGUUAACUAUUCACUAACCAACCAAAUCAAUAACUCCGACGACCUAGUUUUACAACCCGAUGUAGAUUCCGAUACAAAAGCAUUCGUUGAGGACAUGACAGAUAAUUGGGAUCAACGAAGGGGAACUUCUAAGGAGAAAAGAGAAAAAGUGGAGAUAAAACAGCAACAGGAGAUGGUGAAAGGAGUUGGAGAUAAAGGAAUGUAUAGUUUGGAGAAUCUUAAGAAGGAUUAUAGAGUUAAGAAACAGAAGAUUCAUGCGGGUUUGUGGGUGAAGGAGAUUGAGAAACAGGAAGAAGCUAAAUUGGGUGAUUUUGGAGUUGGUGGUGAUGAUAUUGACAGAUUGCUUGAUAGUUGCUCUGAGAUCUUUGAUUCCAAUAACAAUGAUUUGCAAAACACAAAAAUCCCAGCUUUUUCGGAGUUGAAAAACAAGCCAGAUGGUUGGGAAACGACAUCCAAAGCUCCAGAUGGGAAUGUGUGGGAGAUGUCACAAAGAGAAGAAGACAUCCUUGUUCAAGAAUUCGAAAGGAGAAUUGCUUUCUGCAAAUAUCAGAUAGCAAGUUUCAUAAAGACACAUAUUUUCAGUCGGAGGAGGCCUAUUGAUGGGUGGAAAUACAUGAUAGAAGAGAUAGGACCUAAUGCCAAAAGAGGGAAGGGCAAUGUCUUGAGAAUACCUAGUCUGUUAGAUGGAUCUACUCAACCAUUUAAGGAAGAGAGGAGAUUUGUGGCAAAUGAUACUACUCCAUUUCGAAAGAAUAAGUGAAUUUGUGUAAUCUUUCUUGUAUAUCUGAAAGAAAAUUAUUGGGUUUUUUGUUAGUUGUAUGAGAUUGUCAAGUAAUCACAAUCUCUUAUAUUACUUAAAUGUUAAGAGACUUAUUGA